CAAGUUAUGUUUUGUUUUUUAAAGAACAACGUAUUAUGUGUGGAAAUGCUUGCAUCACUUUUUUUUUGUGUGUCAGUUGUUCUACUCUGGAUGUCUUGACGUUCUACAUCCGAACAUACGAUUAAAGUGCACCAUUUCUCUACUUAACUACGUCAGCAUGCUUGUAAAAUAGAUGAACGGGCACGUAGAUUUCACAUUUUGUGGUGACCAAGAUGGGAAGUUAUUGCGCAGCAUCAUGGAGAAAAAUAACAUUGGCUCGACUCACUCAUGCUGGCCCUACGGAAGAACAAGAUCAGAUUUUGCUCAGAAUGGGAGUGAUAUCCACCAGAUGGAUGGCCUCAACUCGGACAAUUCUUUGGUGGAAGACUUAAUUGCCAACAUUCUGGAUGAGGAUGUCUACAGCAUAUCAAAUGGAACUAUGGACCAUGUGGGGCUGGGCGGGGACUCCGAGCCGGACGAGAUGUCCUUGUACAACGGCUGCGGGAUCUUGGGGCCUAACUGCAACACCAUCAUGGGGCCGAACUGGAACAGGCAGCUGCAGAAUGGCGAUGCUCAUGAUUUAUCUGCGCUCGAAGGCUUCAAGAUCCCAGACUUUCUUCUGCCUAAAGACUAUGGACAGAGCCCAGAGUACGCUUGUCCGGGCGUGGGCUCCUUGGAGCAGAACAACUGGGAUCUCCUGGGACUGUCACAGGCCGAGUGCCGGAGGAGCGAUCACCUGCAGCCGUCCAGGCCUCUGGACUCCGACGGCUUCUCUGCGCCCAACCAGGUGUUUAACUACAAUUCUGCUGACGUGGAGUCUCUCAAGAUGGAUGUCCUGCUCCAUGAUAUCACCUCUAACGGCUACUCCCAUCCAGACAAGCUGAACCAGUUCGCUGCCUCUAAAACACCACCGUACACAGGGUUGAACCAGAUCUUGUACGGCCAGGGCUUGCCGAACGACCAGCAGCUCUACAACUAUGUGCAGCUGCUGAGCAAACACCGAGCCGAGAUGGACGCCAUUGCUCCUGCGUUUGAUGGGCUGGGUGCAAGUGGCUACUCUUCCGCCCAGGAGAAAGCCUUAUCUUCCACGCCAAUUGGAACCAUCAAUGAUCUUGCCAAGCCACCCCCCUUCCCACCAAGCGUGCUGCAGCAGUCGGCCUCCACCCACAACGAAGGUGGCUUGAAUGGCCUGGACCAGCAGCUGACCUUGAACCUGCUGAAGCUGAGCGGCAGCCAGGGCCAGCGGGCCAAGCACAAGGAGUCUCCUCCCGCCUUCUCGGUGGGCUUCCCCAAGAACCUGGGCGGCAGGCACCAGCCACAGCCAACUUCGAACAGCCAUGGGAAGAUUGAUGGAGGAAACUUUGCCUUCGGUGUUAGCAACGGCCUUCAUCUUCCAGCUCUGGACCGCGGAAACACUGGCUUCUCCCAGUGUGCCUCUCUCAGCAACGGCAACAACGAAUCACCUGUGACUAAAGGUUCCCUGGGCAGCCCCGCAGUGUCCCCCUUGCACCCCUUGCAGUUCCAGGGGCCGCCCCCACCCCUUCCUCCUUUCAGCAUGCUGCACCCUCCACCACCGCUGGACGGUCCACCUCUCCCCUACCCUCCGGAGCUGUACGCCGAGCUGCUCAAGUCUGGCCGCACCCCGCCCUUCUUGCCGCCCCCGGGAAGCCUGCCGCCUGAUCUCUUCCCCUUCUGCGAUGUGUCCGGGAUGUUCGGCCUGUCACCACACUUCAUGUUCCGUUCCCGUGUGUUUUGUCACAGCCGUAGUGGUCCCUCCAGCGAGCUGCAUCAGCGCCUGGAGGAGUGCUACGACCAGUUCAAGAGCCUGGAGAAGGAGCGCAAGAAGACAGAAGCAGACCUGGCCCGCCACAACCCUGGCAAGAAAGUGUCAUCUGCUAACAACAUGCCGGUGCCGCGACUGUCGCCCAACCCUUCUCGAGUGGACAGGCUCAUCGUGGACCAGCUGAGGGAGCAUGCCAGGGUCAUUACGCUGAUUGCCAAGAUGGAGUGCCUGCUCGGCUCGCCCAUCAACCCUCGUAUUCACGCAUCAAUGGGAGCCUGGCUAGACAGCAUCAAAAAAGUACAGGCUCGUAGGCGAGAUGAAAUCAUCAACUCUACCAAUCGCCAACACAAUCUCGUUGCAGGCAUACAGACGCCACGCAUUCAGGAGGAGAAAGACAUAGUGGCGCUGGCCAACAGUAUUCACGAGCUGAGUGUGGCGUCCCGCCGAGCGCGCACCAGCAUGUGGUGUGCGCUGGUCACCACGCUGCUGAGCCAGGAGCAGGAGCGAGCCGCGCAGUGAGCGUGCCGCGCAGGUAACGCUACACGUCACGUCCUCUGCAGAUUCAUGGUGCUUUGGGAUCACAUCAGACUGAAAUGGCAUUCACACACCUUUUUUCUUUGUCUUCUUUUUAAUGUGUUUGCCAGAAUGGUGUUGUGUAUGGUUCAGUCUUUUGCAUUUUAUUUUUACAUUUUGUCUUUGCUUAUGAGAGGUUUUUACCAUACUGAUAUAACACAUUAAAUGUUAAAAUGCUGAUAUAAAAUUAUUUUGCUAGACAACUUUAGUUGCAAAAUUUUUAUGUUCUGUACAUAUAGUUGUGGUGUCUAACACCAUGCUAGAUUUAUUUGUAUUUAUUAUUUAUUUAUGAGUAUUUUCACAAUUUAUUUAUUUGAAUUUAAUGUAUUUAAUAAUGUUUGUGAGUUCGCUCAUGGUAUGAAAUCAUUCAAUUGAAAAACUUGUCUGUACUUAUAAGAAUUUUAUAGUUUGACUCGGCUUCAGGAAUUGAAUUUUGCAUUGGGUAAAUUUGAUGGGUGUUUUUGUGUGCAUGAUGUAAUACAAGUUUUUGAAUGUCUGUUAAAAGUAAAUAAUGUACUCAAGUAUACAAUGAAAUAAUAUGUUAUUUAAUGAAAUGGCCAUCCAAAUGCUUGACUAUGAAGUAAAUUUUUUAUUGUUUUUAUGGUAAAAUGUUUUACUAUCUCGCAUGUGUUGAUUUAAUUUAUUAAUAGUUACUUUUAGUAUUGUAAUUAUUUGAAGUGACUGUAGAUAUAUCACUUGUUGUUAAUAAUGAUUAUUUGGGGAUGUUAUUUAUUGUUGGCUACUAGUUGAAGCAAUACAAAGAAAAAUGACCUGUUAAUAGAGUUGAUUUUUGAGCUAAAUGAUGUUUUAAUACUCUUUUUAGAUUCUAAGAUAACCAAAAAGUAAUGUUUGGAAAGUAGUUGUUUAAUUGUUUAGAUGUAGGGUUAGAAUUCAGUGUUAAAGCAUUGUUGCUGUUUCUUUUCAGUGGCUAGUCACAUGUACUGAAAAAAUACCCACUUCGUAAAUUGACUGCAUAUGUUCAGGUACACGUAUUGAAACAAUAAAUGUUUAAUAUGGUGUUUGGAUUAUUUGAUGAAUAUUCUAAAAAGGUUGUGUUAAAAAUUUAUAUUAAAAGUUGUAAUAUUUCUUGCAGUGUGUCUUGUAAGAAAAGUUUUUUUCUGUAAUAUUUUUAAUGAAUCUUGCGGGCAGUGUCACGCAUAAAAAUAAUCAAAAAUAUAUUCUAAAUUAUUGGUACUGAAUAGUUAAAGUGGGUGUUUACUUGUUUGCUAAUGACAUCACUUUCAAUUUAUUUUAUACUGUUCACAUUUCCUUUCAGUCCAGAUUGACUCAUAACUAACUUGCAUUUUGGCGUAAUAGUUUUUUGUAGUGAUUGUUCACGAAAUGCUUUGUGCCGUUACAGGCUCACGAUAAAUAAUAUAUAGCUUCUCAGAGCUUAUUGCAUUUCAGUAUUAAUGGUGCGACUGAAGUUUCAUAAUGUUGACGUAUCUGCAAACGAAAAGAAUGCCAUCAAGCACCUUACCAACCAUGCAUACAUGUUCUGUCCCUUGGCAUUCUGAUCUGUGAUAUAUUUACCUACUUAUCUAUCGUGAGUUCUUGCCUAGUUUGCUCUUCAUCAUACUUCUCUGUAUCUACGUGAUGUUCUAGACAACACUUGUAUGUACUAGCGGACAAUCCUGUUGUAAUGCAUGUGAUAUCAGACUAAUUAUAAUGACUUGAUGAGACCAAAACUUCUCAAAUGAAUUUAGUUUAGCUGGAAAAAAUUUGUAUAAAGUAAAACAUUUAAAUGCAUGUAACGACCUGCUAUGUAUUAUUCCUGUUUUGUAUUUGUGAACUUGCAGCUGUAUUUAUUAACCACGUCAUAUCAAUUAGACUCCAGUGUGGGUGUUAGAAAUAAAUAGAGCUUUUUGCAAUUUUUUGAUGGGUGAUAGGGAGAUUUUUAAAUACUGUUUGUUAUUCUAAAUGUAUAUUUGAAGUCUGUUUUUAAAUGUAGGAGCACAAAUUUAAUAAAAAUGGACUUAGUGGAGGUAUUAGAAUAGUAAAAUGCCAAUUCUCAUGGUAGGAAUUGCAAGUAUUUGUAAAAAGAGUCCCUCAUGAUAAGAACCCUUGGGCAUGGAUACUAAGUAGGUUAGUUGCAAAGACAAUUGCUCAAUGAUCAGUUUGUAUGUGCUGUGUGGAGAUGCAAAUCUUUCAAACAUACAGUGAUAAAGGGAAAGCCUAUUAUUAGAAAAUAAAUAUGUUCUGCUGAAAGCUAUGAAGGAGUGUCCAAAGUUGUAACGGUUUCAUUUAAUGUUACUGUUUUCAUAAGUCUUAGUAAUUUUAGGAUUUGGGUAUUAAUUUAAUUUAGACUAUCUUACAUGCAGCCUGAGGACUGUGCAAGUUUGUUCCAGUAAGAGCAUCCCGCAUCAUGAAAUGUAGGAAAACUAGGUAGUUUUACUUGAGGUUUCCAAAGUGCUGAUGCACUAUGAGUUCACUGGCUUUUGACACCUACUUGUGUUCUGUAUUGGUAAUUUUUAUGAAGCUCUGCACAUCUUGUGUUGAAAGUGCAGAUGACAAACAUCUCGCUGCCCGCCUGCUAGAAGUUAUGUUUACUCUUUACUUAUGUCUGAAAUGCUAGGUUACAUUCAGUACAUUUAAAAUAAUUCUUAUGCACUAGAUGUUUUUUGAAUUAGUCAAUGCAUAUAUUUUUAAUUUAGUAGUCACGGAAUUGCAUUCACAUCACUCCAAUGCGACUAUAACAAAUUAUUUACCCGUGGAUUUUUUCAAGACCAAUAGAACACAAAGUUGUAAUUCUUUAUUACACAAGAAAAUUAAUCCACUAAUAAACAUAAUUUUUAUAUAAGAUAAUUGGGUGACUUGGAAGACUUUGUCAACAUUUUUUUCCAAAUUCAUUGUACGGUGUUUUAAGCUAUGUAAAUACCUAAAAAAUAUAUAUAUUAUAUUUUCAGUCUGUCUCUUUUUGAGGUAUCGAAAAAGUCAAAAGUUCAGCUCUAAACCAGUGUUCAUUAUUGAAACAUCAAUAUGUUAAAAGGUUAACAUAUUUCAGUGAAAGUAAUGUAGCAAAAGUUUAGAUAAUACAUGCUUAUUAAUGCCGAAAUCAGCCAAAAACUGGGCUGCGAUUCUGCAUGUGUAGGGAUGCUUUACCCAUUAAGACCAGUUUUAAUUGUUGAACGAGAUUAGAUAUUAUUUAAAGUAAAAAUUAUUCAAUAGCCAUGCACAUCCCGGUUAAAACAAAAAAACUAAAGUUUAAAUUGUUAAUUUUAAAAUAAAUAAAAUUUGAGACCCCACCACCAUUCGUGGACCUCGUACACGCUGUCACUUAAUAAUCAGAAACUACUUUAUAACUGUUCUUACAUCUGGACAUUACCAUUAGUUAAGGAUACAUACCGGUAGUUAAUUAGUUGUAUCAUCAUGGGAGACAUGCUGUUUUAUCUAGACAGCAGUUUACAUCAUUCACAGCUGUUGUCUUCAAUAUUCUGUGUCGGUUGUACUCUAUUAGCAUACACAUAGAUGAGAGUGCGAUUAGAAACUUGUUCCCAUAGUGUGUCUGGGUCGGUAUUGGCUGGUACUGUUGUAGAUGUGUUGUUCAAAUGUACACAAUCUGGAAGAUUUAAAUGCAUUCUGACUUUUGUGCUUUCUAAUUUUCACUCCGUGCCUUAAUUAUACUAUAUAAUAUUAAUUUAUUACUGCAUAUUGGAGAAGGCGUUUAGUUGAAUUUUCAGCCUUAUUUUUAUAUUUUAAUUUUUUUAACUUCACCAAUAGAUUUGUCCUGUUUUUGUCUUGCAAUUUGGUUUUCACUGUAUCCUAAAUGACCAGACAACAUCGUUAUAAUAAAACAUAAAACUGAAUUAAAUGAACAGCAGUAUCAUGUGUAUAGGCAUGUGUCAGCAAUAUCUGUACAGGUCAAAAGCCACAUCAACUCAGUGCUAGUCACUUAUGUUUGAGAACUCAGCCGAACUGAAAGUUAAUGACUAACAGAAUAACACAAAGUUAUAGAUAAGAAAUGCCUGUAGUUUGAAGCAAUUUGAACAGCCUUGUUUUACGAUUGAGUUGGUAAGUUAUUGAUGCGGGCUGCUCCACGGUGGUUAGAUCGUCGUAUGGAUUUAUUGCAACUCAAGACACAAUAUAGUGUGGUGAUAGUCAUAAUAAACGAAACUACUCUGAAAUUAAGCUUUAUGCACGCACGUUACUGUCAUUCAAGUGAAUCAUAAAAUAAAGCAAAACUUUAUUUUAUAUGGUAUGUAAUACUGGAGUUGGCGCUUUUGUUAUUUCCUAUUUGGAUGUCCUGUUUCUGGUGUUAUAAUUUUCUCCUGCUCAAGAAAGUAUAGCAUCAGUUCAGUAUACAUAAAUGUGAAAUUCCUAAACUAACACAUUAGAGUUUUACAAAGUCUGUUUCAUAUUAAUAAUUUCUGAACUGAGUAAUAAAAAUACAUAUACCGUAUUCUCGGAAAAUAAAACAAGAAUUUUUAAUUGAAAGACCAAAAGCCCACCAAAAAAAAAUUGGCACCUAAUUAUUUAUUUAUAUAUAUUAUAUAUAUAUAAAAUUUUGUUUAAAAAAUUGUUUAGUAGAAAUUUUAUUUACAUUCUAUAAUUUUAAUUAUUUAAUUUUUCUUGGAACCCCGACUUGCAGAAUCGGGGAUCAAUUUCUUUUCAGAUGAACACUGUAUUCAGGUAAACUAAACAGUGAAAAGUUAUGUGCAUUUGACACCUAUUAUGGCAGUGAAUUCGUACUUUAUACAUUGCAGUUCAUAAGCUUCAAGUUUGACAGAAUCCAAAUUUCAGAAAUAUGUCAUAGAGUUUGACAAUACAUUCAGUCACGUUACCGUACUGCUAGGAGUUCAUUUUCUGGCAUAAGCAAUUAGACUCACUAGUGAGGGUGAUUCCAUAUAUUGUCUCACUGUAUGUUUUGCUUUGGUACAAAUGCUAUGAGUUUUAAAAAAUUUUGUAUUUAUUUAUUAAGUAAUGAAAGUAAAAUAUAAACAUAAACAGGUUUAUUUCUUAAAAAUAAAAUGAAGCUAAAUAAAAUUGUAAAAUGUGGUAUUUUCAGUUAAUUAUUGGUCUCUCAUGCCAUGCUAAUUUGUAUUAUUAUUAUCUCGUCAUUUAUAUUAAAGGCAUUUUCUGAAAUUUUAAAAUGAUAUAUCCCUUCCACGUGGUGUCACAAAUAUAUUGAAUGGAUUUUGACAGAGAGUAAUAUUGAAGGAUGUAAGAAGUCAUGUAAGUGAUAAUGAUUAUUUAUUAACACUUGCAUGACUUUUUACACCCAUUAUAUUAUACUUAAUUAAUUUGUGUUCAAAAUAUUACUAACAGAACAGCAAAUGCAAGCAAAGUAUUGUGUUGAAAUUCCAGAAAUAGCCCUUUAAUGAUAGUAAUGAUGAGAGAUUGAAAAAACUCAACAUAAUGUGUAAGACUGAGCCUUAAUAGUGUGGUUCAUAAGGCUGUUGGAACUUAUUUUAAUGAAACUACAUCAGAAGAACAUGUCUUAUACAUGUAUUUAAUAGAUGAUUUUAUUUUUAUGUUGACUCAAAUGAUUUAAAUUUUUCUUUCCAUCUCUAUCUUGUGUUUUAAACAUUAAAAUCAUUUAAAUGUUUAAAAUUUAAAAAUAGUAAUAUUUUAAUUUGUUGAUUAAUUUGAAUGUCACUAAAAAUUAUAUUUUUAAUUUUUUUUUUUUCCUUACAGUUAUGCAAUAGUUGUGUGUUUCAACGUGCAUUUCAGUGUAGUUUGGUUUUAUCUAUCUUCAUACAAUCUUUGUAAAGCUAUAUGGCGGGAAUAAUUCAAAACAAUACCAAAGUUAAAUAUCUUGCAGUACUUACAUGGAACAAACUUUAAAACUGACCCCAAACUUCAAAUUUAAGCUUCGCACUAUGCUCAAAGGAAGUUAUUGUGAAAAUAGCCAUCCUCAGCUUGCAGUAUUGCACACUAGUAUAUCUUCUCAAAAUAUUUUCUAAGAGUUUGUAUGUUAAAAAUACUUCUUUUCCAACACUGAAUUAACUAUGUUUAUCUAUAUGUUAAUUUAUUAUUUAUGCUGGUGCAAAUUCGAAAUAAGUUCCACUGUCAUAAAUUUUGAGAAAUGCUUGCAAGACUGAAAAAAAAAUUGUGUUCAGUUCUACUGAUACUAUUAUGCAUUUAUAGACCAGGUAUGAAACGGCCAUUUUUCAUGUCUGCAAAAAUAGGAAAUUGGUCAGUGUUGUUUUUGUAAAUACUUGUAACUCUGAUGCAGUGGUACAAUAAUGUAUAACUUGCAAGUAUUUGCAAUUUUCGAAUUUUGUGUAAUUUAUACUAACAUUUAUGGCAGUGGUUGCAUGUAAAUUUCAAAAUCAUGUUUGUUGCUAUUAUUCUCAGUUUGAGUGUUUUGUUACUGUUUUAAGUGGGAAUCUAAACAAAAAAAAUUAUUAUGUUGGCUUUUUUUUCUAAAGUAUUAAGAAAUUUUUAUUGAUGGACAAGUUGAGGUUUUUUGCAUUUGAGUUGUGUUUCUUUAUAUAUGUGCAGUCAAGUUAGGGUAUUAAUUUUAUUGUUGGUUAGGUUGGCACAAGUUACUGGUGCAGUGGCAUAGCCAGGGGGGAGGGGGGGUUUAGGGGUUAACCCCCCCCCCCUCCCCCUUAGCACCAAAUCUUUAAUUAAUUUCUUAUUCAUUACUCAAACAAAUUUCAUAUUAAAAUUAAUAAAAAUUUUACCAUUACAAUAUUUAAAUUUAAGUACCGAAAACUGCUAAAAUAGCACUAUGUUACACCUUAAAAUCCAAUUUUUCCCGGGGGAGGACCCCCGGACCCCCCGCUUUAAUCCGGGGGGGGGGGGGGGGGGGGGGGGCCAUGCUUCUUAACACCCCCCAUACACAAAUCCUGGGUACGCCACUGUACUGGUGUCAUACAGCUUAAUGUUUAAAUUAGUUUAAUAUCAGAGAAAAUAUCCUUUUAACAAUUAUGGCAAUGUCUGCUAUAAAAAAAAUUUAAGUUGAAAUAGUUAAUUAUUGAAAUUUUUUUCCCAAAAAUUUUAAUAUUUGUUUUAAAAUCAGUUUAAAUAUGUGUUUCAAAACUUCUAAAAUGCAUUUCAUGCUCGGUAUGUUGGGAUCUGAACUUCACGCAUGGCUCAUGACUGAGCCUCGGUUCCUCCCAUCCUCAAGUUGCUUUUACCGGACGUCAUUACGAAAGCAAAGUGCUCUUCGUUGUGGAUAAUUAAUCACUAAGCUUAUUCUUUUCAGUACGGAAGAUGUUUGCACAUGUGUUCUAGUGUUAAAAAAAACUUAAAAACAGAAAUGAUCCUUUUAAGGUUGUCCUUAACAUGUGCAUAUUCAAAGGGAUUUGCUAAUGUCUCUUAAAUCUUAUAAUUUUAUUUAAUUUCUUCAGUGACUCAAGGUUUGGAAUUAUUAAUUUUUCUGGUACCAAACAACAAAGUUGCCUUUUAAUAUCAAGCAAGUGGGUCCAUAAAUUUAUUUAGUUUUCUUUCAAGACUGUAAGUGGAUCUUAGGUAGCUCAAUAAUAGUUUUUUUUUUUUUUUACUUAUAAAGGUUUUUUUGUAGUUUUACCUAUUUAAUUCUAUGUUUUAAGAAACUGAGAGAAAAUCUGAAUUACAGGUAUUUAAUGGUAAUUGAGUUUGCUUGCCAUUAAAAGAGGAAACAAUUUUUUUUAGUCGGUUUUGAAGUUUUUUCCCUUGCAAUUACUUGUUUUAUGUUUGUGAAAGGUGGUUAAAAUUACAAAAAUUUUGUUUGUUAUGGUAUUAUGAACUAAAUCGUAACAUUCUAAUUAAUAUUAAACACACUUGUUUUUGAUUGCGAAGCUUACAACAUAUUUAGUAAAUACAUAUACAAAAUUGGAGAAGGUAAUUUGAAAAAAAUAAUAAUUUUUUGCUUAAAUAAAAUAUUGCUAGUUUCUAGAACAUUUUAGUGGAGACUCUGGAAAACUCUUGUACAUUUUUUUGUGAUAUGCCGAUGUACCAUACAACAGUCAAUCUUUUUCACAUGGCAAAUUGUUUUAACUGUACUUCUUUAAAACAUGGCUUGUUCUUAUUUUUUUCCACCCUACACAACUCAAAUGAAUGAUAAGUCUCGUACUUAAUUGUCCUCUUUGACUCGCCUUAGCUCAAUUCAUUGAAACUAAAUUUGUCUGUAAAAAUAAUUUUUUUUUUUUUUGCAUGCAUGUAUAGAGUAGUAGAAAGAUCAAAACAUUUUUAGAUAGAUUCAGACUUUUUUUGUAACUGUGUUAAAAAAAAAGUUUGAAUAUUUUAAAAAAGUCAUCAUAUGAGAACUUCAAUUUUAGUCUUUUUUAAUAAAAAAUAUUUUUUUACAAUCAUUGGUACAUUUUUACCAUGAGCAAGGUCUGAAUUUGUUUGAAUGUGCUGUUGUGUUUCAUUUAGUAUUAAGCUUGUCAUUUAACUAAACUAAGGAUGGGUCAUUUUUUAUUAUUCAUCAUAUUUGCCAAUCUUUACUUCACUCAUCCACAUUCAUAAUCUUGUGCAGGUUCCUUACAGCUUUAAUGUAUUAUUCAACCCAACUUUCAUCUUUUAUUUUUUAUUUUUUUAACUGUGAGUUCUCAAUUUUCAGCAGAUAUUGACUAGAAAAUAUUUCAUAGUUAUAAAAUUUCAAAAUGCAUAUAUUUUCCCCAAUCAUAAGCAUUUUUGAUAACAUGUUAAAGCCAAUACAUUCUCCAUGCUUCUGCUGAAUCAAGCCAAUUCAACUGUUGGUCGUGUGUUCUCAAUUCAUAUGUGGAGUCUAACAGUGUUGUAAACUGUGUCAUUUGACUCGUGACAAACUGGAAGAACUGAACUGCAAAGUAGAAAACUAAACCGUGUUUUGUGUAAAGAGUGUACUGUUUAAAAUAGGAGGCUGUUGCUUCGAACUCUUGAAGUUGCUGAUAAAUGCUAAGGUGUUGGCCAGGCAGUGCUAAGAGGAAAAGGUGUGAAUGGAGUCUCCACUUUCUUGUGGUGUUCCUGUGUUCCCACAUUAGACUGUCUUCUAACUAAAUCAUACAAGUCUUAUUAAUAUUUAACGCAAUUGUAAGUUGUUUGAUUGCUAAGCCUAAGCAUUGUUGGUAAUUAUACAUAAUUGGAGAAGGUAAUAUGUAUUUUUGAAAAGAAUCAUUUUAUGUUUAACUAAAACAUUGCUAGUUUUUAGGACAUAUUUGAUCAAAACUCUAGAAAACUAUUGUAAUUUUUUUUUUUUUUCAAUAUGCCUGCAACGGUCAAGCUAUUUCACCUCUCAAAUGUAUGUCAAGCCUCGUACUUAAUUAUCCUCUUUGACUCACAUUAGUUCAGUUCAUUGAAAAUCAGUUCGUCUAUAAAAAUUUAUUACCGGAAAGUUCAUUCACACUAAUAUUGCUUCAAUUAAUUUUCACUGUUCACAACGUUGCAGAGCACACGUACUAUGACAAAAAAAAAGAGAGAGAGAUAUUAGCUAAUGUGCCUGUGUGCCUAUUAUUUUUUUUUUACCAAAUCACACUAUUGGACUAAUAUUUUGCAUUUUAAACUGAGUAUCGCAUAUUUCCACUUCUAAUGUUUUAUGAAUCAUAAUAUUAAACUCAAAUACUGCUGGUAGCUUACAUACCUAGUGUAUAGAUUGAUAGUUAAAUCUCUAAUACCAGCGCUAUUGCCUUUUUUUUUUUUUUUUUUUUUUGUGCUGACCCAUAAAGGCAACUACAGGCAGUUACGUGUAGUGUGCAGGUAUUCUAUAUUUUAAUGUUUCUAGUGAUGUUUUCAUGAAAGCCCAAACAUUUCCACCGAAGAAGUGUUUUAAAUUAACUUUUAGCCUUGAUUUUGUUGAGCUUAAUGCAUUUGUUCUUUUCUCUCUGUUUAUCUUUUCAUCUACAUGAACUGCAUUAAUUUCUAUAUCAGGAGUUUGUAUGAAACAGAUAUACACUAUGUUACUUCAUUCUGUGAAGAAAACAUGGUGGCAUACGUCAGACGUAUUUUUCACAUCUUAAAUUCGUUUCACAUAAUCAGAUUUCAUUAUAGUGGUGUGAUUGAUGAAGCUUGCACGUGAGAUCAUUUUAAAUAAGUUUUGAAGUGUUUUGACCCAUUCUUUGUUUGUUAAUGUAUGAUUUGUUGUGUUUUGUAGCUGUUAUAUUUAGUAUAAACUAGUAUUUUAUAUAGAUUUCUUGUCAAAACAAUGAAAUGCUCUCAUACCUUGUAUUGUUAUGUCAGUUUGUAACUUUAUUCUUUUAACUUGUACGUUAUUCCUUGAUUUUCAUUCAUUAUUCUAACUACUUGUAUAUGCGUAGUUGUCUAGUUGGUCUGGUAGCUCCGGUUGUACCAUGUGUGUUCGAAUGGUUUUGAUAAUGUGAAUCAUCUGCAGUGUCGUGGCUUCACUUGCAAGCAUUCUUUGGUGACAGUGUUUUGUCACCUUUUUUUUUAAAUUCAUGUUAGUUAGGUUUGGAAGUAUUUAGUGUGAACCAGACGGCAUGGUUUUCAGAAGUUCAGAAAGUAUGUUACAUGACUCCAGGCGUAUUCAACAAUUGCUGAGUUUACAAUAAAGCAUUCACAGUAAAUUUGGACAUUUAGUCUAUAGUAAUUUGACCUGGUAAAAAGGCUGUCCUGUCUUUAGCACUUAACUGUAACUGUUUAAACAGUUCAGAAACUACUGAAUUAUGAAACACCUUCACGUGCAUUCUAUAUAUAUAAUUUAAUAGGAACUCAAGCUUUACUGUUCAAAAUGAAAUUAUAUUUUACCUAAUUUAUAAUACCAAAAUAUGUUUUGUAUGAAUCAUAUUCUUAUGCAGGUAGUAGUACACAAUAAUUGUUUUUGAUGUCUUUGUUUAAAAUGAAAUGAAUGUUUCUUUAUUAGUGUGAUUUUUGGCCUUUGCAAAAAUUUUAGAAUUUUUGAUUUUUCUUUUUAUGAAAUAAGCACAUCUGUUGGUAAAAACAAUUAUGUUGGUUCAUUAAUCUUUACUCUAACUUCAGUGUGUAUGCUAUUGUGUACUUACAAAUAGAAUGAGUCCAGACAAAGUGCAUUCAUUUUCCAAGACACAUCUGCAUGUUAAAAUUAUGUAAAAAAAAAAUGUCUGAACUUCCCUUAAUGAACUACAGUAUUUUAUAUAUAUAUAUAUAUCAAUUGGCAAAAUCAGGUAUGUACUAAAAACUUUUGCAGUCAUGACUAUUGUGCAUGAAAAAAUAUGUCUUGGGUAUGCUUCAAAUAAAAUUUUUAUUUAGUUUAAGGUUAUACUUUAUACAUCAGGAAGUUGACUAAUGGAGAUGAUUAAUGAUAUGUUAAUUUUGAAUUUCCUAUUAUUUAUAUUUAAAAAAUAGAUUGUGGACAAUUAUAGCAGUUGCAACCCUUUUACAUAAAUUGUUUUGAAGGCAUUGGUCAGCAUCAUGGACAUUAGUUACUUAUUGCUUAACAUGCAUUGUGUCAGUGGGCUUAACUUGAGCUGAUGCUCUGCAACUCCUGUGUUCCUACACCCUGGCAGCUCCGAGCUGUCCCGAGACAUCACUCAUGAUGCAAUGCUGUAUGCUUAACUUCGCAUAAACAAAUGCUGCACCGGGUAUUUCAAUCUAAAGGCAAUUGUGCAACAUACCUAGACCCAACUUCAAAACAUUGCUUUUGCAACAACAAAUUUUUUAAUUUACAAUUCAAUUUAUUUUUUAAAAAAACUGGAUUGUUAUUUCAUUUGUAUUUAUUUUCAGAGCUUCAGAGAUACAAAUGGUGUGUAUGUGUGAUACCUGCCAAUUACUUGUUGUUUAAAGUGAAUUUUUCCUGCCCCAUGUAUUGCUUACUUCUUUAUCUUGAUUCAGUUUGAAGCAGUUUGUACCCAAAUGUGCUUCUGUGUAUGGAUUAUGUGCAAUAUCUCGCGAAGAGUUCAUUUUAGAGUAAAAUGCUUCACAAGGAGGUCAAGAAUUUUUCAAAUCGAUUCAUUAUUUUAAAACAGGUUGUAAGCAAUGCAUUUUAGCAUUUAUUUCAAACAAUUUACACCAUAUCUCAAGAGUCAAAAUGUAUCUUUAAAAAAUUUGUUAGUUAAUUCAGGGUUUUGAGAUAUUUGAGGUGGGAAUUUUAAUGCAUGUUAGUUUUAAAUGGGCUUAUCCUAUAAAACUGUUAGGUGGCACAUUUAGCGACUGGGCUGUGUCUGAGUGGGACCAUGCUCUAGGCAAUGAUCAUGCUCAAUCCACGCGUGCGAGGCUGUCGCGACAACCAUCUGCCAUUCGCAAGCCUGGCUGCCAAUGUCUACUACUAUAUUCAGUAGCUUAUGUUUGCCAUUUUAGAUAUUAUCAACUUAAUUACAUACUCAACAGGAAUCACUCUGCAAAAUUUUCGCAGUGAAAGUACCGUUCGUGAGUUUUGUUUGAUACGUUCAAAAUUUUCAUCUUUGAGUGAAUGGAAUACCACUUAAAAUAGUAUUUUACAAAAGGAUACUAUUUUUGUAAUUUUCAUUACAUUGUACAAAUUUAUUUUUAAAAAAAUUGCAGUUUUCAUUUGUAAAAAUAGCUAUCACUCUUUAUUAUACUUACCAUAUUUAAUUGAUUACUGUUUAUAAGUCUGAAUUUAUUGUGAAUGCAAUUCAGUAGAAUUACUUUUAUGAAGCCUGACUAAACUAAAGGAUGCAUGUUCCCAUGGUGGAUAGGGUAGUUUUGAGGUGGACAAAAUUCCUGACUUAAAUAAUUUACUAAUAUAUAACUUUUUUUAUUUCCAAUUAUAAUAAUAGUAACCAAAUACAUUAAAAAUACACAGUCAUUUGUUUGCUAUUAGGCAAUUCAGAAAAAAGAUUUUCCAUAUUCUUACUAAAAACACAAUUCAGCACAAAAAAUAAUAAUUUUGGGUGAAACAGUACUUGUCAAACUUUAUAUAAAAACUCUGCAAAGUAUCACAGUUACAAUAUAAACUUCAAAUGCUACUAGUGUUGUGCCAUUUUAAAUUUAACAUGAAUUUCUUCUGUAUUUGCUGAUUGGGCAACCUCACACACAUACAUUUAUCAACAUAAACUACCUGCAUAUACAAUAACAUUAGAACUAAAACACAAAUUCAACAAUAAGCAUUUUGCACUCUUGACUCAUUUACUACCAGAAUGUUUGAAGUUUUUGGACUUUCAAGGAAACUAAUUGAAUCUAACAUGAGACACAAAAUGUUCACUGCAGUUCUUUAUAUCCGAUUCCAACCUUUUUUUGUUUAAUUUUUUUUUCUGGUUGAAAACUGGUUACUUUUUUUCAUAUCGCAAUGCCUCUAAAAUAAAAUAAAUAUAGAGUAUGGAACUUAAAAGUUUUCUCAAAAUUCAACCUAAUAUUCAAAUUCCGAAACAAAAUAAUUUCAUUUGUUCAGAAUUACUAAAACAGAAUGUGUACAUUUAUAACCAUUGAAGUGUUGAGUACAGAAGACCUACCAACUUGUAACUUGCAAAGCAAUGUAAAUGCAUCUGCUAGCAGCAUACAGUCUGCUUCCAGUAAUUGGCUUGCCCACCUACAGGAGCGUGCUUCUCUGACGUGGGACUGUGCAGGUCUCAAGGGCCAUGGCUGUCUUGUGUUGCAACUUGUCUGACUGUUUACAUUCAACCCGUGCAAUAAAACUGCGUUAAGUACAACCCAAUGGUGUGUGGCGACACCUCACGCUUCCCGGUGGGAAUGUCGUAAUAAACAAUUAGGACAGUUUGAGGACCUUCUUCCCCAACCCUUGUACGUCAAAUUAUGCUUUUUUCAUGCCAAGCCCAGGGAGCUAAGACCAUUUGACACUGAUAUCGUAAGGAAAGUGUUUAGUUUACUAUCCAUGUACCGUAACUAUCUACCAUGCUACGGGCUAAACUCUCAGAGCAGGCGAGAUGUGGAGUGUUACGAAGGGUGGAGAUUGGACAGCAGCCAGAUCUGCAGUGUGUGCCGUGCUUGAGUAAACGGGGCGUACCUUUUUUACGCUGUGAUACUUUUUUUUUCAUCUCAGUGGCCGAACUGUCGGAGACAAACAUCACUUGUGCUCAGGACUGUAGCUCUGUAUAUUUACUCGAAAAACAAGUAGCAUGUCAAGUUAAACAAGUCAUUCCUUAUGUGUAUAGUCGGAUGUUUUCUACCAGAUGCAUACAGGUUUCCUUCGCCACAUUUGGAACGAAACUAAGCACCGGGUGGGUACAACAUUGCGCGCUGUUUACAGACGUAUGUAUGAAGCCUAAUCUGUUUCUUUUUGCUGACAGUUCUAAUACAUUUUUAACUUUCUUCUAUAUAAAAUUAAGUACGUUGAUGAUGAUGCUGUGGUUGUGUCACACCCUGAAACUUUUCCCAGAUUUCGAGAUCCCAAUCUUCUCAUAUUAUAAAAUCAGAUGUCCAUAUGAUAUGAAAAAUAAACCUGCAGGUUACCAACUGUUCAAAAAAUGUAGCCUAAAGCCCAACCAAAUCGGAGUCCCAAGAAAAUGAGUAGGUCACCCAAAAUCAUUCACCCAAUCAAACCAAAAAAGUUAACUGAAUCAGAGUAAAAAGUAACAAGCCAUCAACAGUCAGUAAUGAAAGCCAAGAGCGAUCCAAGGUUUAAUAACAGGAGCAAGCAGUGGUUGGAUGCUGGGCACGACACUGUUUUAAUAAUUCUGAACAAAGGCAAUUAUUUUGUGUUUGGAACUUGAAAAUUUGGUUACUUCUCAACCAAUUUCCUUUAAAUUUUUAAUUUUAUAAAAAUUCACGGUUUAAUACGGUUAUUCAGGGAUUUAAUAGUUUUUUUUGCUGUACUUAAUUAAAAAAUAAUUUUGACAUCAUGUCACGUAUGUGAGCUCUUUAGUUCAUUUGCGCUUAUUCUCAUUUAUGUAUAAGUAUAUGUGAGCAAAAAAACUUGUAGUAUUGGUGCGUCUUUUUGCAAUAAAGAAAACCAAGACGCGUUGUUUUACGUCCAAACAUAGACCAUCUCGCCACUUGCUUGUCAUAAAUUCUCUUAUGUUCCAGCUUAUAAUGAAAUACUGAGAGCCAUGUGCAACAUUUUUUCCAAUAAAAAUGUAUAAUUUUAAAAAAUGGUUGUAUUUAUGUCAAGUCAACUUAGGAAAAAAAUUUUACAUGUCCCUAGAGAUUGGUGUCACUGUCAUGUAUGUCUAUGGUUAAUUUUUAUCCAUCCAGACACACCUAUUAUGCACAUUAUGAAUAACAGCGAGAAAAAAAAAUUCAUUCUAUGUAUUGGAAAUUUCCCACAAACCUGUUUUGCACAUUUUGUCCACCUCGGGUGUGAUUGUCCCUUGUGCAGAUGUGUGGGGCUGGUGUGUGUGCCUUGUUUAUGCUGCUGCCUGUUAGCUCUGUAACCCUCACACUUACUUUGCAACUGCUGGCUUGCUGGAGGGUGAAGUAUGUGUUGUGCAACGCGACUGGUGCUUUUUCCCAAUUACGUUUUGUGCUAUUUUGAGAUACUCUCAGCCCUCUUACACAUAGCUUUAAAUAUAUUGCUUGCAAAGUUCCAAAUUCCGCUCCACACUUGGGAAAUACCAACAGAGUUACUUGUGGAGUUUGUCUAAGAGUUAAAUAUGUAUUGGUUAUUCUAAUUGUAGGUGUGCUUGUAGUAUUAAGCUGUGUUUAAAGCAUUUAUCUGUUUGGCAGCACUGAUAGAUGAAAUGUGUGCAUUCUCUGAAGUUAUGUUCAUUAUUCCAUGGCCAAAGGUUCUCCCUUUUGUAAAUGUUGUGAAUUGAGGAUAUAAUUGUUGCUAUGGAAUUUUAACAAUAUACAUAUUUCAACAACCGAAGCCACUUUGAAGCGUAGUUCUUACCAAAUAUGUGCGACAAUUUAUAAAGGAAACAAAUGCUUCCAUCCUGUGCAUGUUAAUUAGUAGAUUUUGUGAAAGUCAUAGAUAUUAGUUCUUGUUUUGUUUUUGCUAUCAUUCCAAGUCUGGAUUGGAGAAAACAGAUGGCUUUUACUUAACUGGAAUGUUGCUAGUGCUAGUGUGGCAGUGUAGAUCUAGGUUGUCUGGCAAAGUGUUUUACAAAUUGAAACAUGUUGAUUGACGAUAUUAAAUUUCUGAUGGGCCACAGUGUUAAGGGUUUUUAUUUGUUCUGAUACGAGAUUUUUUUCUUGUGCAAUUAUUUAUUGUCACAUUCUGUUUGUUUCAUUAGAGUUACCACGUAUUUAUUCAUACAUAUGAUAAUUACUAUAGCAUAGCAACUUGAUACUUUAAGAUAAGAGGUUGAAGUGGAACAACCUAUCUGGCUAACUUUUGGCAGUGUGUAAUUUUAAUUUUUGGGCUUAUUGAGUGUUUUGUGGGUAGAUUUUCCUAUUCGUGUAUAACUGCCACUAGGCUAAGUUGUUGUGCCUCUACCAUAUUCUCCUAGACACGGUGCAUUGCGUUGAAGAAAUAUCUGUCCGUGGUACCAAUGCGCGUCACGGAGUAUUCUCGUUUGCACUCGCACAAUCUCGUAACUUAUAUUGAUUGUAUAAAGUACUAAUUAAAUGGGCUGUGGUAGAUUUAAUAUUUAACUGUGGGUGAUAUAUAACACUGUAUUAUUAGAUGAAAUAACUAAACUAUCCACAAGUUGUCGAUCAAAAUAUUUUAGUAUAUUUAGUGAAAAAGAAUACCUAGCUUAGUGCCAUGAACGGACCAGUCCGUUUGAUGUUGCUGCUGGUCGCGAGGCUUCGUCCCGUCGGGAUCUGUUAGCGGCUACGAGACCGUAGUGGCUAGAGAGUACAAACCUUGCUGUCUCUCCUCCCUCUCCAUGUUCAAAAAGUGACUGAAUUAGAACAUUGAUUUUAGCUGCUUCUGUUGCCCAUCUGCCUUCUUGUGGAUUGCAGUUGUGUUUUACUUAUUGUCUUGUUGGUUGGUGAUAAUCAUAUCUCAGAAUCUCUUUGCAAUUUGUAACCUGAGUAGUCAUCUUAGAUGCAAAAUAGAACACCAUGUUACAUCUGACAUCAUAUCAUCAGGUCUUUUAUUGUAUUGUAUUGUAUUGUAUGUACCACUUCAUUAUGCCACAUGUGAUGAUAGAUGUCUUGAGCUUAAUAAAAAAUUUCAGUGCUGUCGAAAGUAUUUAAAUGUAUUUCUGAUAAUGUUUGUAAUAGCUGUGUUUUUGGAGCAGAGGGCUGCUUGCAUUGGUAUAUUACUGCUAAGAUUAAACUAACUUGUUUGAAUUGUAUUGUUCACAUUAAACUUAAAGAUUUAUGUAUGGGUUUUUACAUAUAGUAAGUUAUUAUAAAGAAAUGUCAUAGGAAAUUGUGAAGGUGCGGAACAGAAGCUUUUUCAUCCCUAAACACUUGCUUUAGGCAAGUUUGUAGUUCUUCAGAAUUCACAUAGACCUGUGACCAAUCAGUUGGUAAUGCCUGUUCUGUAGUAUAAUUGCUAUAGGCCUAUAGCACUUAUAGUUCUGGUAUUAUUUUAAGCAUGUAAAACAGUUACUGAGAUUGUUCCUAUAGAACUCCAUUACUUGCAUAUCAACUAUGGGUAGAGUGCUGCAACACUUAGUGUCUUUAAACUCUGUCCAGCUGUCAUCAUGAGAACGUUUAAUUAACACAAUAGAACCAAAAAAAAUCCAUUUAGGUAAUUUUACACUUUUAAACUUUCUCUCUUCAGAUAAGUGAGGAAAUAGAUUGUUGGCCUAUUUUUUAAAAUAUUUUCAUUUGCAUAGUGCUUGUUAUGUGUUUUUUUAGUUACAUUAUGAAUUCAUUGAGUAGUUUGUGAAGAUUUUUUAUAUAAUCUUAAGACAUUGGAAAAUAACAUUCAUAAUUCCUACCUAUAGCAUUGAUAUUUUGGUUUGUAGCAUUAUUAUACCGUAAAUUGAAAUAUUAAAACAGCGUAACUUUUAAUUUUAUAUAAAUAUUUUCUUGGAAGAGAGUACGUUUCAUAUUGGAAGGAAAACCAGCUUAAAUUGAGAUACUUCUUCAUCGAUUUAAUAAAAUAUGUCUUCACCCUCUUGGAUUCCAGAAAAUAAGUUUGUUGUUGGCAUUGUGGAGUGCUUGGCCGAGGGUGUAAAUGAGACAUGGAUGAGCUGGGACUGCUGAGAACUGUCCCACGCUGCUCGCUCCGCCCGGCCAACUGGCAGUCGGAGGUCAGCAGAGCUUCUGCGGUCCGUUUAUUACUUCCGUGCUGCCUCUUCAGGGCUUGCACUUAUGUCGCUGAUGCACAUUUCCUCUGUCCCUAAUUAACAUUGUGUGUGGAAUACAACAAACUGAUGUUAGUGCUUUGCGAAAGAAAAUACAUGUCACUGUUUUAAAAUCGUGCAGCAUUUAAUCAGCAAGUUUGUGCCAAGAUGUUUAAUUUUAGACUAAUUAAUUAUAUCAUAACUAAUAAAGCAAAAUUUACUGCUUUGCAGUUUCUUGCAACACAUAAAUUUUAAAAAAAAAUUAGUAGGAAGCUAGUUUGGUAGAUACUACAAAAUGUAUUACGUAUUAUUUAAAGUUUUGGUAUGCGCUUAUUCGCUUAGAGGUUGUUGCUGCGUAAGUAUUUAUAUUUUAUUUUUUUGCGAAUGGCUUUAUUGAUUUUUUUUAAAUUAAUGCCUUUUAAAUAAUUAGACAAUAUAAAUUUUAAAGCAACAUUCUUUUCUAAAAAAUCAUUUUUAUAGGUUUCAGUUUUUACUAUUUAGAAAAAUAUAUAUUUAAUUAAACAAUAAGACCUACAUUUCUCUUCAUUCACUAAAUGUAAGAUUUUUAGUUUUGUGACUGACCCUUACAUUGUUGCAUAUUUAUGUACAAUAAGAAGUUCUAAAAAUAAAAUUACUGUGUUAUUACACUCAAAACGUUUUUCACCUUUUACUAUUUAAAGAUUUAUGGAGCUUUUAAAUAACUUAAAUAACUGCUUGCUUUGUACGAUAUGUUAAAAAUUCCAUGCUGUUUUAAUUACAUAAUUUUAAACAGCACACAUUAUGAUACAUUACUAUAAAAGAACACAUUAGUUCAGAAUCUAUGUAAUACAUUUGCAAUGGGAUGAAAUCUGUAACUGUAGUUUUAUUUCCAGGAUUACAUAUUAUUUUCAACUGUUUCAUCUCUUAUGUGCUUGUUUUUGACUAUGGAGAACAGGGUAGGUAGUAAGUGUGGGUAGUUAGCACUUCUUAGUCAUGAUUUGCAUCGUAGAUAUGAAUCAUUUACUGGAUGAAUGUACUUCAUUAAAGAUAGCUGAAAAAUACAUUUACAUUUUGUGCCUUGAAAAAAAAUUUUUAAUAAUGAUUUACGGGUCGUGUGUUCCAUUUGUUUGUACCAAUGCCCUCCAUUCUGUGUUCGUAUCUUAGUGUAGUCUUCUUGACAUUCGUCACAACUGCUGCUAUUUCCUCCCAGCGCCACUACUCGCCGGACUUCUGUCCCCACAGCUUCUCCGUUCUGACCACGGCUCACUCUGGAUCCACCGCUGGUUCUGCCUUGCCACGACUGCUAUUCUCUGUUCUCUUGCAUAUCAACAUCGUGACUGUUGCAGAGUUUCUUGUUGCUGCUGUGGUGUGUGUCACGUCCACAAGGUAGCAGAACGUAAGUGCCUGUCGUAACUCGGGACACAUUCACCCUCCACUCGAGAGGUGUUGGAGUGGACAUUGCUCUGACCAGUUCAUGUGCAGCUUCUACGAGUAUCUUGUUUCAGAGUUGUUUAUUUAUGUUGGGUUUGGAAAACAUGAUUAGCUGCAUUAGAAUCUCAUUAAACAGCAAGUCAUUAGAAGUAUAAUUUUUUUAAGAGAUUUAUUUUAAAUAUGUGUUAAAGUGAGGGUUUGCUGCAUCAGUGUUUCCAGUUUGUAUUCUUCUUAAAAAGUUUUUUUUUAUUCCCGGCUAAAAUGUUGCUCACUGUGAAAAAUUUACCAAGCUGUGUUAGAUGUUUCUAAGGAAGCUGAAAUAAUUUAUGUGCUAUAAGCUAUAGCAGUUCAUUUUUUAUUUGAGAUAUAUAGUUAAAAUGUUACAUUUUAUUAAUAAAACUGUACCAUUGUUUUCGAAAUUUGGUGUUUCAUCCCAGUGUGAUGGUGCAAGCAGCCCGCUGUUUAAAUGCAAGCCAGUUGCCUGGUGGUUGAUUAUUUAUUAUUCAUAUAUGGAAUAUUUGUCAUACAUGUAAGCAUGCUGUCGGUUUGGUGGUCAAUAAUAAAAUCAAAAUCACAUUUCUUAGUAGUGACCUGUUGAGAAAAAACAGUAAUUUAAAAUAAAGGUACAGUGUAUUACAUAUUUUUGAUUUGUUUGGUAUUAUGGAAGAGUAUAUUUUGGUGAUAUAUUUAUGUAUUUCAAAGAAAAAUGUUGAAUUGUUUGUUUCAUGAUUUUUCCAUGUUUAAAUUUACUAAACAUGUACUUUGUGUGUGUGUGUAUUGGUUUGGCAGUGUGGAAAGUGGUAUAUGUUAUAAAAUGUUUAAUUUAAAAAUUUUAACAAGUCUACAAUAUUGGCAGUUACGGUGUUACAGGUGAAAUGGAAGCAAGUUAUUUUUGAUGUAUCUUAGAUAUGUGUUGAUGACAAUGUAAACAGAAACCUAAUGGUAGGCAUAAUUUUGCUUACAGUAUGUGCAAUGGUUUAAAGUGUCCUUUCUGUGUGAAACUUAAUAAAAUUUCAAAAUAUAAA